AUAAAUAGCUCGGGCCGCGCCGCGAUAACGGCUAGAAUUCAUGAAUCGGCCUCAUGAGCUUCUUGAAGCUUGAGGCGCUAUUCGUCUCCCGCGCUCUAGGGGGCGUUCCUCGUUGCAGGUUCUCGCGUGGCCUGAGGGAGCUGUCGACCGCGCCUCGUCCGACUCCUCCCCCGCCAUGGAGGGUUUUGUUUUUUGGGACAGGAGAAGUCGCGCUGCCCAUCGCGAGGCGGUUGUGUGAAAGAAGUGAUCUGGUCUCGAGCAUUCGAGUCGUCGCUCCCAGACCUAAAAAGGGGCUCACGCCCGUAUUGGAGUGGGCAAGUGAAAAAAAAAUUCAUGUCGAAAUAUACGAACCAUCUUCUGGCAUCUGUUCUGCCGAGCAACGAAACCCCGAAGAAGUCGCGGAGCGGUAUCGUCAGUGCCAAGCCAGGCUGAUCCAACUGGCCAAAGAAAAAACUGAUAUCGGUGUUGUAGCCGACUUUGGUUACUUGAUACCCUCGUCCCUUCUUUCGGCGUUUCGCUUCCCCCCCAUUCUUAUGCAUCCCUCUCUACUUCCAAAGUACCGCGGAGCUUCUCCCAUCGAAUCGGCAAUCAUCCACGGUGACGCGGAGACCGGCGUGACCGUCUUGGACCUCGAUCCUGACCACUUCGAUGCGGGAAACAUUCUGUUGCAAAAGACCUACGCCAUCCCUCCAGACUCCUGCUGCGCCCGUGUCCGCGCGGAACUGGCAGAGCUGGGCGCAGAAACCGUCACGGAAUGUCUGGAGGACUACGACCGGCUCUACAGCCAACGAAGGAUACAGGACCCGUCAAAAUUUUCCAAGGCGCCCAAAAUGACACCUGCCGACUAUCUAGUAAACUGGGAAAGCUUCACGAGCUCUGACGUGUACAACCGCUGGAGGGCCCUCGGAGUCCUUAAAACGCGUUUGCGCGGGUGCCAAAGCGUGCGUCCCAAGGCCGGAAAAGAACACCUAUACGUGCUAAUACACAAGGUAGAGAAAGCCGAUUCGGAAGCAAUCGACGAUCUGGAAAAUGCGGUCGACGCCGAAAAAAUAGCGCAAGCCCGUCCCGGAACGCUCGUUUGGGACAAAAAGAGGAAAAAGCUAUUUUGCCGCACUAGAACGAGUCAAGCCAAAGACCACUGGAUCGGCCUCGCCCAACUGCAAUUCGAAAGCGGCUCUCGCGUCAUAGAUGCCGAAUCCUUCAAAAACUGCGUCAAAAUACACUUGUACCCAGGAAAAUGUGUUUUCUUCUAAAACUGCCAAAAUAGCCGUUACAAAAUGUCAACUCGGGCCCGCUGCACACGUUUGGCCGCCGGUGUGACACCUACCCUCGCGAACGCGCGCGCGUCGAGCUAUCGGAGGCGCGGGCGGUCUCCGAAGAGGGCGCCGGACGCGGGGUCGACCGUACUGCGCUCUCGGCUCGGCGAGGGGGGCGAGGGGUCCGAGGAGUCGCUGCUCCGACCACGCGCCCGUUUUUUGGGCGUUUCAGGCGAGUGACAAUUUUGAAAAUCCAUUAAAAAAACAUUAUAGAUGCUGUGCUAUCAAAGUUUUUGCG